AUAGCCGAAGGAUAAUAAUGUUAAGAAAACUUUCAGAACAUCGGGUUAACCGAUUAUGACUAACUGUUUUGUAUGUGCAAACUCCAGUGUCUUCUGAUUUUCAUUUUUUUUUUAAUUGUAUAUCACACGUAACUCGUAAAGCCCGGUGCUUGCAACAGGGUUGUGGGUUUAUUUCCCACGGGAUGCCAGCAUGAAAAGAUUCACCAAGAGUAGAAGGCCUAGGCCGCAGAAACAUCUACAUCUUCAGGCUGCUCCGCGUUUCGCUCCAGUUCAACCCACCCCAGUAGUCUAGUAUCAUCCACAUCCCAUCAUGCCCAUAGUGGUGGUGCACUCCAACCCCCUGUUCUGGGUGCGUUUAUUUGCCAUGGUUUUCUCCUGCGUGGCCUUUGCUGUAACCGUCCAUGGGGCCAACGUCGGACAUGGCACUGGGGAUUGGUGUGUGUUCUGCUGGGCCUUCAGCUUUGCUGGGACCCUGCUUGUGCUGCUGGUGGAGCUGUUCGGCCUGCAGACCCGUGCCCCCGUCUCCUGGAAGAACUUCCCCAUCACCUUUGCCUGCUACGCCUCCCUGCUCUGUCUCUCUGCCUCAAUCAUGUUCCCCCUGUUCUUCGUCAAGGGAUCAGACAAGAACCAGAGUAGCCACGACUACCGCAUCGUGGCCACUGUGUUCUCCUGUCUGGCCACCAUCGCUUACAUUAGCGAGGUUAGCAUCAGCAAAGCCCGGCCCGGCGAGGUAGCCGGUUACAUGGCCACCGCCCCGGGACUGCUGAAGGUGUGUGAGACCUUCGUGGCGUGCGUCAUCUUCGUCUUCAUCACCAACCCGGAUUCGUACCAGUCCCACGCUGCACUGAAGUGGUGUCUAGCCGUCUACUGCAUCUGUUUCAUCCUGUCGGCAGCCAUCAUCGUGCUGUGUAUCUGCGAGUGCACCGGAUGCCUGCCGUUCCCGUUUCCCCGCUUCCUGUCUGGGUACGCCCUCCUGGCUGUCAUCAUGUACCUUUCCGCCACCAUCAUCUGGCCCAUUUUCAAGUUUGACAGUAAGCACGGAGGCACCAGCAGCAGGCCCAGCAUCUGUAGAAGUUAUUUUGGACUGUGCCCCUGGGACAAGGUGAUGGCCGUGGCUGUGCUCACUGCUGUCAACUUUGUGCUCUACCUGGCGGACCUGAUAUACUCUGCCCGACUGGUGUUCAUUACUGUGUGAGAUACGAAGGGGAAAGAUUGAGUAAGGAGGUUGGGGAUUUGAGGACGAUGGACAGAGAGGUUGAGGUCUAGGAGGAGGAAUGAACAGGUAUAGAAAGAGGGAGAAGCCAAAGUAAAUUGCUUAUUGUAUUUUGCACCAUUUAUUAAUCAGUGUUCAGCCAAAAGUCACUCCCUAAAAGAGACUUUAAAUUGAAGAGAUUGGUAUCUCAUACUAAGUAAAUAAAUCCUUAUGUAAUUAUGGUUUUAUGGACCCAUAUUUUUUUAAACUGAAGCUCUGAUUUUCUGAUACAAAUUCUAAGACAGUAUUACAUAGACAUGAUAUAUCUUCGGAGUAUGUUGGCAUGAAUAUAGGUCAUGUAAAGUUUUACAACUUUGAAUGGUCAUUGUAUAAAAAUGGCUUUUUGGAUGUCACGCAGGAUGUAUGUAGAUUUCAGUUUACUUAGCAACUCUCACCUUCCAAGUUUGGUUAGAUAUGAAUUAUGAUAUGAAGGAAUACAAAUUAUUUUACAAAACCCCUUGGUGUUUCCAAUAAUAGGUGUAAUCUGUUCCAAUGGUUUUAAGACUUGAAGUAGAGUUUUUAUUUUCAUAUUCUUUACUGUAUUCUUAGCCUAGCUUUUUGCCAAUUUUAUAUCAUUGUUUUAUUAAUUUCAUAAUUAGUUUUUUCAUAUUCUACCAACAUGUCAGGAUUAUAUUGUAUGAUGAUAGAUUUAAGUUUAUGAACACUUACUGUUUAACAGUUUUCUAUAACCUGUUCUCCAUAGGCUAUGGGCUCUCAAAUAAAAAAACAUCAGAAUAAAAGGUCCAAGAUGUAAAAUGUUAUACCUAACGUGACCCAUCGAUGUGUACUACUGUAACAGUUUUUGUGGAUAUUAAUGUCCACUGUCAUCAAGAGGCAGAUUGAUCUUCUCUUUAUGUCCUGCUUUUACUGAUACAUGUCCUUUGUUUAUUUUUAUUCCACUGCCCCGGUUGAAACUGCGCUGGUUGAGACUGUCUGUUGAGACUGCCAGUUGAGAUUGUGCCGGUUGAGACUCUGUUGAGACUGUGCCUACAAUGUCAGUGUUUUAUAAUAUAUAUAUAUAUAUAUAUAUAUAUAAUCCAUUGUUGAAUAAAAGCCACGUGAUAAAUUGUA